UACCGUAUCCUCUAUAUUCCCGUCAGUCGCGUACGGCUCGUCGCGCCGUCAACGUCGUGGUACGGGGUGGUGCGUACAUAUACGCGUGUGUCUUGUUCAUGUGUGAUCGGAUCUUCGACUUCGUGGUCGUUCUCGCUUUUUCUUCGUGGAAAAGUGUAAAGAAUAGAAGCACGGUGGUUUCGUGCUGUUGAAAAGGGAAACAACUGACAGCCAUGGAGGCCUGGAUGUACGAUGUGGUGUGUAUGAUGUCCGGUGCCGGCAUAGAAAAUAUGAUCGGGAACAAUAGAACUAUGGCAAAUAUCAAGCAAGAAGUCGAGAAUCCUACGACACCUACGCAAAACUAUCAAGUUUGUUCACCGACCACCACUCUUCAACAUCAAGAGGUGAUCUGCGGUAAAAUGGAGGUGCCACCCGAUUACGGCGGGGGUGGAGGUAGUCCCGGUAGCCCGGAAAUGCAUCACUGUUCGUCCACUACGCAGCCCUUAGGAACACCCGAGGAAGGUGUUAAAGAAGAGGACAUGAUACCAAGAAGGCUGUGCCUUGUUUGCGGGGACGUUGCGAGUGGGUUUCAUUAUGGGGUUGCGUCUUGCGAAGCGUGUAAGGCUUUCUUUAAAAGAACCAUACAAGCGAGUAAUUUCACAGGUAACAUCGAGUACACGUGUCCGGCAAACGGUGAGUGCGAGAUAAACAAGCGCAGAAGGAAAGCGUGUCAAGCUUGUAGGUUCCAAAAGUGCCUUCGACAAGGCAUGUUGAAAGAGGGAGUCCGAUUGGAUCGUGUACGAGGAGGUAGACAAAAGUACAGAAGAUCCACCGAUCCUUACACACCGGUGAAGACAGCACCGUUGGAAGCAAACGUAGGAACAGGAGCUUCUAACGAAAUAAUAAAUAAUAAAAUGCUGGAGGCACUGGCUGCCUGUGAGCCCGAUAUGCUGCAAGUGUCCAAUCUCUCUCAGACUCUUGAUACGGAUCAGAGAGUGCUCGGACAAUUGUCCGAUUUGUACGAUCGGGAAUUAGUUGGAAUAAUCGGUUGGGCAAAGCAGAUCCCUGGAUUCAGCGGUUUAGCGUUGAACGAUCAGAUGCGACUUUUGCAAAGCACGUGGGCCGAGAUCUUGACGUUUAGUUUAGCGUGGAGAAGUAUGCCUAAUAAUGGUAGAUUAAGGUUUGCCCAAGACUUCACCCUGGACGAGAGACUCGCACGCGAAUGUCAUUGUACGGAGCUAUACACGCACUGUAUUCAAAUCGUUGAGAGGCUACAACGGUUAGGUUUGACCAGGGAAGAAUAUUACAUGUUGAAAGCGUUGAUACUGGCGAACAGUGAUGCAAGAUCGGACGAGCCGCAAACGCUUUAUCGCUUUCGCGAUACUAUCUUGAACUCCCUUUCGGAUUGCGUGGCAGCAAUAAGACCCGGACAAGCGUUACGCGCCACACAAAACAUGUUCCUAGUGUUGCCAAGUCUCAGGCAGGUCGAUGGAAUUGUUAGGAGAUUUUGGUCGAGUGUCUAUCGAACGGGUAAAGUACCGAUGAACAAGUUAUUUGUAGAAAUGCUGGAAGCCGCUUAUUAUCGAUGAAACAUCGAAUCGAACUUAAUUUACAAUGAUACGUGUACCGAAGGACACCGAUGGAAUUCGUUGUUACCGGUUCGAGGUAACCAACAGCAUCGUUUUAUGCUCUGUAAACACGUUGGCAGUGAGAAAAUAAGAGUACAGGAGAGAUACGUUUUUCCUUCUCGACAGUUCUUAGACGUGUAAGCGAGAGACCGAGUGAGUGUCAAGUGAAACGAGAACGGAUACGUUGUGCAGUUCUAUUCGUUUUCUUUAAAGGAACAGCAGACUCGAAAAUACAAAGUAGCAAAUGAAAAAAAAGAAGGGCUUUAUUUUUUCGUAUGUGCGAAAGUGUGUUGGAGCGUGGAUCUUAAUGGCCAGUGAUUCCAGCAAUCGUCGAAACUCGCAAAUACAACACCAUAUACGAUAGCAAGCACACCGUUUCGUCGACACAACUAAACUUUCCUUUUCGAGUACCCCUUUUACAGGUACAGAGAAAACAAAAAACGGGAAAAAAAAAAGAAAUCAUGUUAUAUGUCAGGAUAGGAGGGUACGUAGUACAAGAUACGAGAUGCUUUCUUUCCGGAGCUCUCACUUUAGGAUAGUUUAUGAGAAGAAAACAAAAUAAAUAAAUAAAUCUGUCGACCAGACAGAAGCAUCUACCAAAUACACGAAACGAUUUCAUUUACGUACUGUUCGGGUUAAGAUGACGAUACAUCACCGAACCGGUGAUACAUCGUAGACACUACUAAACAAAAAUUUGCAAAUGUACUAACUGUGGGUGUUUGACGUUUUAGUGUUUAGCAUUGUGUUACCAAAAACGAGAAAAGAAAAAAGAUACCAGUUCAAUCAAAAUCACACUCGUAGCUCCAGGUUCGAUCGUUAUUUUAGUUACCGUCUUCUCUCUGAGAAAACAAGACAAAAGUAAGAAGAAAAAAAAAAGAGAAAGAAUAAAAAUGAUACAGUCAAUUCGAGACUAGAAGGAACACGAAACUCUAUAUUUUUUAAUAUAGUAUCGAUAAAAGGGUACGUCGUUUUAUAUAUAUACAUAGAAUAACUGCACAUUUUAAGGGAAAAAAAAGAAAAAAAGAAUACUGUUAGACGUGCGAUAAGAAAAGAAAAAAAAAAACUGAUAAAUGUAAAACGUAUCGAUGUGUGUAACUGCAUUGAACAUCCAUAGUUGAAUUAGUUGAGCGAAGUUAAAUCUUAGUAUGCGCCGUUGUACAAAUCGAACCAAUUAACGCGAACAGAGCUGUGAACCAGUGAACAAGAAGAAUAAAGAAUGGCUGGAUCGUUCUCUGAAUUAAGGCCAUCCUAUUUCUUUUUUUUUUCUUUCUUUACUUACGAGCCAUAGUACGAAGGAAAAAAGAAAUAAUGAAAAUAUUAUGAUAUGCUUCGAGAACGAACCUUUUGGCCAGGUUGCCAGGUUCUUAGAAGAGACGAGCGUAGGAGGGGGAGAAAAAAGAAAUUUAAUGGAUUGUUGAAAUGAUUGCGAAAUGUUGUUCGCGUAUGCCACACGGAAACCGUAGGAGAAUAUAUAUAUUAUAUUAUUAUUAUAUUAUUAUUAUUAUUAUUAUAUUAUAUUAUAUAUGUAUUCAGGGAUCUUUAUUAUCUAGUUACUAUUGUUACGUGAUCCGCGGUGAUAAACACCGCGAUCAUUGUGCAUAAUAUCGCUUUCUUUUCGAAGCGACAGAUCGUGUAAUAUCAUUAGGAGCUAUUAAUUCGUACGCAAAGACGUUCAAUUUCUUUUUUUCCUAGGAAAAAAAAAUGGAAAAACAGUUAGCGCGACAAAUUGAUGGAAUUUUAUUUUUUUCAUUUUUUUUUUGUCGAUUAUACACACGACAAGCGACAAGAUUUCUUUUUAACCCUUUCGUGUAGAUGCUGUGGAUCGAAUUAAAAAUACUUUAUAAUUAUUAUUAGGUCAACUCGUAGGGAUAAAGUAUCGUUUAAUUUGAAUUUCGACUUAUAGUACCGAAAGGGUUAGUCAAUCUUUUUAAAUCAGCCUGUUUGUUGUUAAUGAUCGCUUCAUACGAAAGAAAACGAAAGAAGUUAUUUAAUAAAUGAAAUAUUAUAGAAUAAAUAUUAUAGUAAAUUAGAUGCGUUAAGCAUUUGGCUGAUGUUAAAACGUUUGACUUGGAAACCUUGUGUGAUCUUGAAGCGGUAGAGUGCAAUAUUCAGGACGAUUAUUUAUACAUUUUUUCUCGUUCUUUUAAUUUUCUAUUUCUUUAAAAGAAACAACAGGGUCGUCCUUUUCAGUUUCUUUUAUUUUCUCUACUUUCGUUUACGGGUUCUUUCUGAAGCCUAGUCCAGAUAUACAUACUUUUGUCUAUAAAUACGGAAGAAAUUGUAUAAAAACUGUGUAAAAAACAGUAUAAAAACUGUUUUCCAUCAAGGUGUUUUUAUUUUUCAUUUUUUUCUAUUGAUCCUUCACCUUACACGCUGCUUUCAAAUUUCAAGACUGAAUGUUUUUUGCCACUCUUCUGAUUCUUAAACUAGAAUAACUUAUUUUAAUCAGCUAAAACAAUUCUUUUUUACAAUACACAUUUGAUUUGUUUUUCUUUCUCGUUUUUCCUUUCGUUAACAAUUGUAUGUAAAUCUGGACUGUGUUUAACUUGAAAUUUUCGUUUAAUCCUCCUGGCAUUUACGUACAAAAAAAAGAAAAAAAAAAUAGUUGACCAAUGAUGUAAUUUCUUUACGAUGGUUCGUUCAUCAUUGCGAAGUAGGCGACGAAUCUAAUGAGAAACGAAUGAAAGAAAGAACGAAGAAAACGGUUUAGAAAUCCAUGGCGAAUUUCUUUUUCUUUUCCUUUUCGGAAUGUACAUUGGUUUUUUUUUUUUCUUCACAAUUUCUACACAGAAUCGUGUUUAUUACACUGCCUCCCUGGGUUGUAAACUUCGAAAGAAGAAAUCGAUAGGUUCGAUGCGUUUGUCGAUAGUAUCGAGAUAUCGAAGAAUGUUACUCGAUGGUGUACCAUGUUCAGUUUUCUAGUUUGAGACGGUGACGCUACAAAUAUCGGAUAGGAGGUAAUUAAAAUCUUGUGUUAUAAACAAAAUACAAGCAGGCUCUGAUAGUUUGCAAACUAUUUUCCUUUUCUGUAGCAAACUUCAGCUGCAUAACCUUUUCUAUUUUUCAUCGAACUGUGAUAUACACGUUAUUCGGACAAACCGGUCCGCGUCCUGUUUUCGAAUCAUUCGCCUUAUACGUUUUAGAUUUCGCGUAAACGUUCGUCUCUAUGUGUUCCAUCGACGCGUUAUCGAUCUAUCGAAUGCUUUUCCCUAUAUUUCGAUUGAAAUGUGAUUUUCGCGCUACUUCGCGGUGAUUUGUUCGAGGAUGGGCCUAAGAACACCGGUGGCAGAUAUACAUAUUUAAACGAAACGUAGAUCGUACUGUACGUGUUAUCGCGUUUGAAACGCUUAGAUAUCAUUUUUGUUCUCAGCGAUUUUACACCCUUCGACUGUUAACCUCUACGUCACAGUCAAAGGGUCGAACGCCAUUCGUCGUGUUAAUUAACACGGCAUAUCGAUAACGAUGCGAUUCGAUUUGUUUUUUUUUUUCUUUCUAUUUUGUUUAUUGUGGUACGUUGCGCGAAGAAAGGAGAAAGAAGAAGGGUGGGCCAGAUAAAAUAUUUUUACGAGUCCGAGGGAACGCGUUGCUUGGACGUUGAAUUUUCACGACUUUUACAAGCAUUUUCCUCGCGUGUACACGUGUAUCUCGAUUCACCGUUGCGGUAGAAUCGUAGUCUCAGGGUUACAAACAAAACAAAAUAAAACAAAACCAACAAUUAAAUACAAAACGAACGAUACAAAUUUAGACAGAUAUUAAAUAGAUAAGCGAGUAUAAUUGUGGAGCAAAAUAUUAUAUAAUAGUAAUGAUAGUAAUAACGACGAGAAUGAUGAAGAUAUUGAUAAUAAUAAUAAUGAUAAUGAUAAAGAAUAUUAAUAUUGAUAUUAAUGAUGAUGAUGAUCGUGAUGGUAAUAAAGAUUAACGAUAACAAGAAAUACUGUAAAUAUACAGUGAAUCUUUACGUUGUAAAUCAAA